GCAGAGUGACACAUGGACAACCUCGUGGACUCAGACGAAAUGUCCCACACACAAAACAACCCCCUGUUUGGGAUGUCCCUCAGCCGCUCUGAGCUCUACAGCUUUGAUCAUGAGGAUCUGAAGAGGGCCCCUCAGAGGAGACCAUGGUGUUUGACUGUAAUCGUGGUUUACCUCAUUCUACAGACACCUCUAAAUAUCUUCCUCCUCUAUAAAGUUUUCACAUUGGAGUCGUCAGGGUCCAAAUCUGAUUUGUCCAGCCAGACGUCCGCUCAGCUGUCAGGCAGUCCAGCAGACUUCCAGAGUUUAAUCCAGAACACCAGCCAGGAGACUCAGAGUCUGAGGGGACAACUGAAAACACUCAAGAACCAGGUGGAGAGUCAGUGUGGAGCCGAGGGUCAGAUCCACAGACUUCAGACUGACCUGGUCCAGUUAAACUUCACUUCACAGAGACUGGAAUCACGUCUCAGCGCCGCCAGCCUCCAUGGAGGACCCCCAGGCCCCCCAGGACUCAAAGGUGACAAAGGUGAUGUUGGAUCUAUCGGAACAAAAGGAGAACAAGGACAGACUGGUGUACCAGGGUCACCUGGACCCCAAGGACCAACCGGCCCUGCAGGUCCUCCUGGUAAACAGGGACCAGGAGCAAAGGGAGAGCCUGGAGAGAUGGGUCCAAUGGGCCCCAUGGGAGCCUCAGGGUGGCCAGGUGAAGAUGGACAUCCUGGGGAUCCUGGACCAAAGGGAGAGAAAGGUGACACUGGAGAGACAGGCCCACCUGGACCACAAGGUGUCGCUGGUCCUAAAGGAGAGCCAGGUCCAGCCGGUUCACCUGGAGAGAAGGGUAGCCAAGCAGCUCAGGCGCAGACUGUGCGUCUCGUGCCGGGGCCAUCACGGGGCCGCGUGGAGGUGCUGUAUAGUGGCGUGUGGGGGACAGUCUGCGACGAUAGCUUCGACAAUCUAGACGCAAGGGUCAUCUGUAAAAUGCUGGGCUAUCAAAGUGCGCUGACGAACUACGCUGCUUCAGGAGGUUCUGGGAAGAUCUGGCUGGAUGAGUUGCGCUGCACAGGACAGGAGACGGAUAUUUUUGCCUGUCCACACGCCGGAAUAGGCAACAACAACUGCGAUCAUUCUGAGGACGCAGGAGUCCAGUGUGUCUGAAAUUCCAUUUUAGGGGUCUUCACAGCAAAACGGCUGCUUCCAUUUGACCCUCUCCUCAGGAUCACUCUAGAUGACUAUAAUGACCUUUUCCAUCCACUUUCUUCCACUAUGUCUCUAACUCUAUCCUCAGCAUCCUUCCUUCCUAAUGUUCACUACCCCUCCACUCCGAUCACUAAAAACUAUUAAGUAAAUCCUUAAAGAUACACUAUGUAACUUUUCUGGUAGAGGUCUGCUUGCUCUUUUUCUCCAUAUUUUUAAAUAGGAAAUUUCCACAGUAUGGCAUUAAAUUUAUCUAUCUUGCAUUUAUUCAAUCACAGAUAUUUUUGCUGCUUCAAAAAUGACAGGCAUUCUUACAAUGAGCACCUCUCCACAGAUCUAACCUAUCAUUUUGCCUGGUCGCAUCACCAAGUUGUGUCUACAGAAAUAGAUAAGCUGCCAUACUGUGUAAAAUUCCAGGCAAAACAGUAACAUCUCCAUGGAGACGAAAGUUACGUAACUUUAAUACACUUAGAUCAAAUAUCUGUGCAAUCUUCAUGUGUAUUAGAUUUGUAUUAAAAAAAAUAAAAAUAAAAAAAUCUAUAUUCAUCUC